CAGUCGGUAGCCCAGUUGCCGAAGACGCUCGUCGUCGCCUGUGAGGGGUGAUGCAUCGAUUUUUUUGGAAGAAGCUCCGAGAUUCCAUUCCCAAAUUUCCAUUUCCCCUCCUCAAAUCCGGAAGUGUCUCGUUCCCAGCCACCGCUCUAGAUCGAUCCGCCGCCGCAACCGCAAGGCACCGAUGGGCUCCCUGCUGGCCCUCACCGACGACAUCCUCGCAGAGAUACUCAUCCGCGUGCCGUCUCCGUCGGACCUUGCGCGCGCCUCCGCCGCGUACGCCUCCUUCCGCCGUGUCGUCUCGUCCCCGCGGUUCCUCCGCCGCUUCCACUUGCUCCACCACCCCCCGCCCCCUCUCGGCGUCUUCUUCCCGGACGGCCCCGCAUUCUUCCCCGCCCUGCCGCCGAACCCCUCGGCCCCCGCCGCCCGCGCGCUCGCCGUCGCCGCCGACUUCUCCUUCGCCUUCCUCCCUCCCCCGGACCGCUCCUGGCUCGUCCGCGACUACCGCGACGGCCGGUUCCUCCUCGACCGCGCGCUCGCCGGCUCCACUUGCUUUACCGAGGUCGCCGUCUGCGAUCCCCUCUUCCGGCGGUACCUCCUGCUCCCGCCCAUCCCCGAUGACCUCGCCGCCUCCGUGGAAAACCCCUACCUCCAGCGCGGCGGCGCCGAUGGAGGUCCGCAAUCGCGCAGCAACGAGAUCUUCCUGGCUUCUCGCGGCAAUGACGAACCCAGUGAGGAGCUGCUAUUUGCCGUCAUCUGGAUGGCGUGCUGCCGUGGGAAGCUAGUCGCCUUCGUCUUCUGCUCUGAAUCUCGGCAAUGGCGUGCCCUUUCGCCUCCUGUACACCAUGCUUUGAGCAUGCGGAGAGUCAUGGGUGUUCGUCUAGGACAACGCAACCAUGCUCAUGGGUGCUUCUACUGGAUGAUUACUCUCACACGUAGGUGGCUUGUGCUGGAUAGCCGCAAAAUGGAAUUCUCCAUUCUCGACAUUUCACCUGUCCUGUUGGGCCGCACGAUGAUGUUCAGUAAUCAGAUUACCACUCUAGAGUCAGGAGAGGGCAGGACUACCGUUGUGGUCUCUGAUCUUUUUCGGGAGGAUAAAAGAUGCGUCCUGUAUUUUUAUACGUUCAUGUCUUUCAGUGACCGGUGGCAGCUGCAGAACAAAAUCACCUUGCCCGAGGAAUGGGGAUAUCGGUUUCGAGGCAUAAUAGGUGCAUUUGAGGGGUGCUUAUUUAUAAAGCUAGACCAUCCGAAGGAGAACUUGGGAGAUGCAGUUGAGCAAAAUGUCACAUACUUUUGGUUCAAUGUCAAGACUAUGCAGGUGGUUAGGUUCACGGAGAUAGAUUCUGUUACUGUGAAUGAGGCCUAUCUUUACUCUGGGUUUCCCCCCUCACUGUCACUUCCUAGUGUUUGAUGUGGUAAGAUGGACGACUGACUUCUGGAUCAGUUGCUUCCUUGGAGCAGGAGAAGGGUCAGCAGUAUUAGCAAGUCAAUCUUAAGUGCCUUUCUCAGUUACCAACUUUCCUGUGUUGGUACAACAUUUAUGUCAAAAUUGCUGAAGCCUUGGAAGUUGGGCAUGAGAGUGGAUUUGGUAGACCAUUUGCUAUUUUAAAUUUUAAUGUUCUCAUACCAGCAGUAUUGACCUUGUGAUGUGAGUGUGGUUGCAAGGGUUGCUCAUGCGUUCUGAACCCAGUCAAGUGUUGAUGCAUGCAAAUUUUAGCUCUAUGUAUUAGCUCCUAGUUGGAGGUUGGCUUCAACUACUGGAUUUCCUGAUGUUCUAUGUUGUCUUUAGUGUUUUGUUAAAUUGUGGGUACUGGCGUCAUAUAUCUUAACAGAUUGACCUUAUAUUAUUCUA